AUGUCGGAUCCUGUGCCAAAUGCAGACUUUGGCUGUUACAUCUCAGUGCAGAACAAUUUGCCGGUUGAUCUCGUGUAUUUCAAUAAGGAGGAUACCCACGGCUACUGGGACAAAGAACCGCCGUACCGCAUCAAUCCAACGGCCAAGGGGGAGAUUUCGCUGAAAGACAAGACCCUUGCACCUGGCGCGGAAGGAUGGUUCGAAUACCGGAUUGACAUUCCUGGCAUGGAAACUACCAUAUUUCGCUGCAAUUUCAAGUGCCCGGUGUCUGAAGACAAUGGUUUCAGUUGGGGUCUUAACAACCUGGACUUUAUGUUCGAUGUGUCGAAUACCCCUUGGAGUAAAUCAGGCCAUCCACUUAACGUGACCGUCACGAUCGGUCUGAAAGAUAUCCAAACACGCCCUAAUAUCACCCAGCUUCUGGUUCCCAACCCUACUGCACCAGUGCUGAAUUCAGCAGGGGUCGUUGUUGGCGCCUCUCAGCCCGUCGUGAUCUGGACACCGCAAAUUGCCCAGAGCGUCCAAGACAACACUAUGCGUACGGUCAACGGUUCCUUUCAAGCCGUUGCGGUGCAGUCUGAGCAAAUGUCGUCGACCAUUCAGGUGGACCUGGCGUCCAGUGGGGAUGCUAACAUCGAUAAGAUCCCCGUUGCUUUGCGAGGCAUCUUGAAUGGCGCUGUGGUUUUUGAGUCGGGCGUGGGCCGAUUCAAUUCCCGCAUCGACUGCACAAUGCUACAGAAACCCAACUGUGACGCUGGUCCGUUUGGCUGGGCCGGAGAUAUGACCUGGCAGGUGGUCCUCCAGCCGAAGAAACAGGCUGUUGAGACGAGCGCGACAACCCGCAUCGAGAUAUACGCAGUCACCAAUGAGACCACCGAUGCCCAGUUUUUCAAGACAACCUCGGUGCCGAUUGGGCUGCUCCGCCGCGUGGUAUUGCGAACUACAGGCAACUAUGUGGCCUUCCUGGCUGACACCCUUUUCCGGGACUUUGGAUAUCUGUAUGACGCGCUGGGCUCCCUUCCAUCCGGCACCGCAUUUGGCACAGCCAGCAGCGGGGGCAACCUCCAGAUCACCAAAUGGGCAAAGCGAGCGAAUUCGGGCUACCCGCAAUUUCUGGUCUGCUACGACACCGCAGCCCUGGCCCAAGUGGGCCUGGCGUUUUAUUCGGGCAAUGUCGCGUACGCGUGGGUGUACAUGGAUCCCUUUGGGUACAUCAACGAUACACAGUUGAUCGGCUGGGGACAAUGCAACAGUCCAUUCUUCAAGGACCCGGAAGACAAGUUCAAACAGGAUAUCAAUGAUGUCUCCCGACAGGGCUUUGGAAACCACGCCUUUGUCGCCGUUCCCCGUACGAAUGCGAUUAUUGACUCCUGUUGCGGACCUCAUAUCGGCAACGAGGACUUGAACUCGUUCAUCAGCCAGUCGGUCGACACAAAAACAGCACUUUACCACGGCAGUUUCCGGGCCGGUACCCCGAACGAUGCGACGAAGCUUCAGGGCAUCAUGACGCUUGACACCCCAGCGAAUAUUUCUCUGCGGCUGGCUGAUCUCCCCAACUCAGUCCAGGAAUCGAUCAAGCUUGCCAUGGAGCUGGCUCGGGUGGAGGGCGCACCAUCUGUCACUUUCACCAAUUCAUCCCUGCUGAAGAUCCCCGAGCUGGUCAGCACGGUCCUCCCAGGUGACUCGUCUGUCUCGGUUGAACGCGAUAUUGGCCCCGUCCGCUCUCAUCUCGAGUGGACGUUCACGUCCGUGCCCGAAAAGACAACCUACACUGUCACUAUGGUCGUGAACCAGACCCACGAAGAGGCUCUCACGGCGAUGCACCACCAGCUCUGCAGGUAUCCGCGUAACCCUGUGGAAAUCUUCAGGGCUGUUCCGCAGGACCGUGCUUACGGCCAGUAUGCCCUCGAGAGCGUGAAAGAGCGCACGUGCAGCAUGUGGAUUCGGGGAAACAUCUUCGCGGUCAUCACUGCCGAGGACUUUGAACACCGCCAAGAUGCGAAUGCAUUGUUCCGCACCUACGAUAUCGUUGACAAGAUCCAUGCGCAUCUGCAGCAUGGCGAGGUCGACGGCCCGGGAUACAAGGCUCCUGCUCCGCCGGACCUGUCCGGUGUACCGCAGACUGUCAAGGUUGGAGGGGAGUUCUCCAUCACUGCAUCGGCGGAGCAUGUUGCACAGGUUGCUUCCACUGUUCAAAAUGGAAAUGUCUUCCCUGUGAAGACCGAUCAGGACAACAAAGUGUUCACGUUUGUCGGCCGUAAGCUCGGUCCUGAUGUCGUUACCCUUUCUUUCGCGGACGCGACAACCUACGCUGUCACGUCUACCACGAUUGAAAUCACCGUGGAAGAGUAG